CUUCAUGAUCGUAAAGUGCCAUAAACGAAUAAUAACAUUGUCUGGAAACAUAAAAGGAAUUUAAAUGUAAGCAUUUUCUGAGUGGUGAAAUUAAAAAAAAACCAACUAGGUAUAGUAAUAGUAUAGUAUAGAGUGGGCUACAGUUGUAACUUGUUAUACGUGAUAGUAAGUUAGCCAUAUAAUAUAUAAUAAUCAAUUAAUUAUAACCACCUAUUUAUCAUGACUUUUCCGACCACACCCCCUUAUAUACCCACCUUACUUACCACCCCCCCCCUAUGCUACCCAAUCAAAUAUAAAAAAAAUGACUCUGGAUAGAAGUUUACACAAUUCUGUACGGCAGAUAUAAGAUGAUGAAAUGUAAAACCCUAAAAUAUGAUCUAAGUUUUAGUCCAAAUCUUAUUUUCCUGUGGUAUAAUUCAAGUUUAACAUACCUUGUUCUUAUAUUUCAUUGUAAAAGCAUUAAAUUUAUAAUAGGGGUAGGCCUAAGUGUUAAGUUAAUUAUAAAUUGUAUGAUGUCAUUUGUCAAUAGGCUUUAAAAAAUUGUUAGCAUAAGUAUAAAUUUACUCGAUUCCAAGAAUGUUGAGGUAUAUAAAAUGGAGACUUGAAAAAAAAAGAUAUAUUUUGUAAUUAAUUAAGAAUUUAGCAAGCGCAUACAAAUAGUGCACAUUUCAUCAAUUAUUAUAUUGAAAGUGUUUGUGUUUUCUUUAAAUGUGCUACUUUUUAAACAAAUUUUCCUGAAUAACAGGGGUUUGAAAAAAUUAUUAGCCUACAUUUAUUAAAAUUCCAACUUCUUUUGAAUGUUUCAUAUCAUAAAAAAAAAAUAUUUAAAAAAAUGCACCAUCGGUGUGCAAGGAUUUUUUUUUAAAUUAAUAUUUUUUUUCUAGAUGAGAUGCUAUCAGAAAACUUUAAAACAUAUUUUUGUGAACUAGAAUUUCGAUUGUCAUUCCGAUUCCACUUUUUAUUGGUGUCGUUUUAGAAAUAAAUAGGCAUUCAUAAUUUGUCAAUUUAAAAUACAUUAUGUGGCUGUAGGAAAAAAUGUUUCAAAGUAUAUCUAAGUGGCAAUUUGUAAUUUAUCUUAAAGAAUUAUAGUAGUUUGAAAUUCCAAAUAAAAAUUUAAUUCAACUGAAUACAGAGGCGUAGCGAGAGUGUUUGGCACCCGAGGACAAUAUCCAUUUUAAAGCGCCCCCUUUUUCUUUUUUCGCCCCCUUUUUCUUUUUUUUCAACUCUCUAGCCCAUUAUUUUCAUCAAUAAAAAUAAUAUCAAAGCACAUUUUGGCGCCCCUAACUAGCUGGCGCCCGGGGACAUCUGUUUACCCUGCCCCCCCUCGCUCUCUUCUAUUAAGUAAUAGUUGCGUUCAUAUAUGAUUUAUAAAAAUGACAAGUUUUGAUAACUUAUAAAAAUGUAUAGACCUUUCUAUUAAACAGUUGUUGUUUUGGACUCUGGUAAAACUUGGAAAUAUUGAGCAAAGGUUGUUAUUACACGUAAGUUGUUAGCAGUGCUUUUUUGUAACGGACGUCUUCUUUUUUUUCCUUCUGAAAAUUAAUUUAUAACUAUAAAGUUAAGUCCCAAAAAGGUUUCAAUAAAAAUUUAAGCUACAUUACUUUUUAGUAAUAUACAAAAAAUUCCAUAACACAAACUGUUCAAGCAAAAGCUGUCGCUCGACUUUUCGGGGCCCAUUUUGCCUCUUUUUGGUUUUGUUCUGCUCAUCUUGCAUUGAAAGAAGAUCAGUAAGAAAAUAACCACCUCACAUCUUUAAGCCCUUAAUAUACUUAAGGGCCCGCAGCAGCCGAAAGGGUUGCUGGGCUCACACGAUUUUUUAAAUUGAAGAGACACCUAGAUUUUUUAAAAAAUUAGGAACUCUUCCAUUGCUCUCCAAGCGUAAGAAUGUCACAAAACAGAAAUUAAAGUAUUUCCUAAAAUGCAAUCUUGUAUUUUGAAUUUAUCAAAAAAAUUUUGGGGACUAGUAUAAAGAUUUAAUAUUUAAGAUUUAAAAAAUAAAGAUAUUAAGCUAGGGAAAAUGCAUACCCUCAAGGGCUCCACAUCUAGAAGGAAUUUAGUUCAUGGCCCGCUGAUGCAGCGUUAAUUAUGUCUUUGAUCUUUAUUAUGGCUACUUUAGGCACUUCUGACACGAAAGUUUGAAAUUACACUUCAAAUUGUCUGAAAGAAACCUUGAAUUCAAGUAUGCGCCAAAAUGCAACCCUGCAUUUUUAAUUUGUGCAGAAUGAUUGUUUAUAUAAAUAAUAUAAAUAAGAUAAAUAAUGGGCUGGUCCACUGUUCCAGUAUUAAACAGAAACUCGUCCCUCUCCCCCAUAGACAGCGACGAGGCCAUGACAGGCAAUUCAGGCUCAUACCAGCAAGAAGCCAGUAUAGGAGCUGCUCAAGGAACCAUCUUUCAAAAGGAACAGUUGAGGCGACAACACUAGACACAUUUGUGUCUAUUGCCUCAAGCCUUCAAACCCCUAGUGCAUAAUUUCCUCAUCACCACCAGUAACAGAAACAUUGCAAAUCCCAUCUAUAUGCAUAGGAGCCAAAAUGAUCAAUAAAUUGAUCGUGGGCCCUUAAGAUAUAGAAGAAAAAGAUUUUGAACUGUGUUACACUGAGGCACAUUGACUCAUUUAUCAUUGUUCCGGAUGUAACAUCUCAUGGAGCUAUCAGAGGGGAAGUCAGUGUUUAUUGGGCGUUUGGCUCUGAUUAACCGACCUGGCUUCUGUGGGGUGAGAUACGUGUUUGCUGGAAUGGCCGGCACUAGCCCCGUGACCACUUUAUAGAGAAAUGUUAGACGGAGCUUUUCUCCUCUGUCUUUGAGGGAGGGGAUGUCUACUCUUUUUAAGAGGUCAGUGACGAAGUCAGGAGUGGUGGAUUUGUAGUCAAGUGCGAUGAAGCGCAAUGCGUUGCGUUGUAUUCGCUCCAUUUUGUCCACGCCUUUCUUUAGGUCUGGGUCCCAGAUUAUCGCACCAUAUUCUAGUAGCAGACGGACGAGUGCGAGAUAGGCAGUUCGUUUGCAGGAUUCCUUCGAAUGAAACCUAGUGUGCAGUUGGCUUUUUUUAAAAAUUUGUUUGUAUAUGGUGACCAUUUUAGAUUAUUAGAGAAAAGAAUUCCAAGGUAUGGAUUAUUUGAUACUUGUUGGAGGAUGGGCUUGUUUAGAGAGUACAUGUAGGUUGAUUGUUUUUUUACUUGAGAUGCUCAUUGUGUAGCAUUUGGUUUCGUUAAAUUUUAUGCCCCAUGAGUCCGCCCAUUUCAUAAGGCAAUUCGAAUCUGCUAAGAGGUGGUUAUGGUCAUCGUAGCCAUUUAUCUCUCUGUAGACAAGACAGUCAUCUGCAAACAGCCUCACUUGAGAUUUUACAGUAUCAGGGAGGUCGUUUAUAUGACAGAGGAAGAGAAAGGGGCCCAGCACUGUACCAUGAGGAACUCCUGAGUCUACAUUGGCUUUGCUUGAUCGGACGCCACCCACCACUACUUGCAUGAUCCUUUGUGUUAGGAAUGUUGAGAGCCAGGAGUGAAGGUUUCCGAUAAUGCCGUAGUGGUAGAGCUUAUGUAGAAGAAGGCUGUGUGGAGCAGUGUCGAAGGCCAUGGAGAGGUCGAGAAUUGCCCUGUCGAUCUGUUUACCUUUGUCGUAGAAGGAAAGGGGGGUCAUUGGUGGUGAUGAUUCAUUGAGUUUCUGUUGAGAAUCCACAGCGGAAACCGUGGUUUAGGUUGUUCAAGAUGUUGUAGUGUUCAAUGUGGUUCAUGAUGUGGCGACAGAUUAAAUAAAAUAAAGAGAACAAUAGUUAUUGGUUAGUAAAAAAGUUAUAAAGAAUUUUUAAGGCUAUUAUAACUGGUCAUUAAAAAACAAAUUGUAUAUAUAAGCAUCAUUAUUAUGCAACAAAGAUAAGAGACAUUUACAAAAAGGAAUCGUAUCUUUAUUAAUGUGUGAUUCAUCUAAGGUAGAGUUUCCCAAACUUUUUUAAAGUUUCAGUGACCGGUGGACAUGUUUCGAAACUGCACAAGGGACCGCUGCCAGAUUUAUUAAUUACAUUUUCUUUAUAUUUAAACAUCAAUAUCCAUGCUCUCCGGACCGACGGAUGAAGGCCCACGGAUCGGCACCGGUCCGCGGACCACCACUUUGAGUAGCACUGAUCUAAGGCAGGGAUCACAAACAAAAAUUUCACAGCGGGCCGGAUAAUUCGACAAAAUGACGAGCGCGGGGCGAAUAAUCAAGCUGUACGUUUCGACAACGCCCCCUCUUUGAUGGCGGAAGAUGACGAUACAUAGGGAAACAUUUAAAUAUGACCACUAUCUACAUCAAAAUAUCUGAUAACUUGUGUUUUAGAAUGAACCUAGAGGUAAUUUAAACAAGAAUAUUUUAAUUUGAGGUUUAAAAACCCGGUAGAGUCCAUAUUACAAAUGAUCUUAAUUUGCCGGGUGCUUAACGUGGUCAUGGGCAACCAUUCACGGUCACUUGCAUGUGAUAUCCUCACAGUUUCAUUUGUAAGAGAAGGAAUGUGUCGCGUGAAAACACUGCUAAAUCUUUGGUCACAGAAAUCUUAAUCGAUUAGUCAUGAGCAAAAGGGUCGUCUUGCCUUACAAUGCCUUACAUAGAUUAUAUUUUAAAAACUCUCUAUCUCUCUCUCUCUCUCUCUCUCUCUGUCUCUCUCUCUCUCUGUCUCUCUCUAUCUCGGAAAAUAUAUAUAUAUAUAUAUAUAUAUAUAUAUAUAUAUAUAUAUAUAUAUAUAUAUAUAAUAAUAAUAAUAAUUGACUCUAGACUCCGUAAACAAAACAUCCAAGAAUAUUGUUAAGAUUAAUUUUAAAAUUAGAACUUUCAAUAUUUACGGGGCGUCCAUUAAUUAUGUCAACACAAUGGGAGAGGGAGAUAGGGGGGGUUUAGAAAUGUGUGAUAUUGUUUACAAGGGGGAGUAGGGGGUAGAUUAAUUGACGUCAACAAUCAUGUUUUCUCUAUUAAAAUUGUAUUCUUAAAUAUUGACUGUAGUUUGUUGACCUCUGAUCUAAGGGGAAUCAAAGGAUUAUAAAGUUCAAAAAAGAAAAAAAAUAUAUUAAAAAAUUGGAAUUUUAAAAUUACUAAAAUAAUUCCAAUUUUCUUCAGAUAACUUACUAAUCAAUUUACAUGCAGGGCCUAUCAAAAAAAAAUUAUAUAUAUAUAUUACUUUUUAACGGCUAGAAAUGUUCCUAUAACUAAUAACAAUAAAUUGAAAUAAAUUGAACUUAUUUGAAAGCGGAAACGCUAGAUGCGUGAGGCCCCUUAGAAACACAAGGCCCCUUAGAAACACAAGGCCCCUUAGAAACACAAGGCCCCUAGAGGAGACCCCUGAAGCGCCAGGCCUCAGAAGCGUCAGGCCCUUGGCAACUGUCCAGUGUUUCCCCAUGCCUUUUGAUGGCACUGGCAAAAAUGCACAAUUUUAAAUUUAAACAAUAUUAAACAUCAAGUAAUUGUAUUUUUGUUUUUGAGUCAGAACGACAUAAUCACCAUUCAGAUUGAAUUGGUGAGAUUGUGAACACAUGAAAUUAUGACUAGAUAAUUUCUUGUUUUAAAAAAAAAUUUGUCAUUUUACAUUCUAGACAUGAUUUAAUAAAAAUUUGUUUUAAGGAAUGAUGAUUUUAUUUAAAUCAUCUGAGCACAAAUUUAUAUAUAAAAAAAAACUUUAAAAAAUAUCAUUUAAAAAAUGUAUCACUUUUUUUUUGUGUAUUGUUCUUUCCGUUCCAGUAAAAACAGUGACAGCAAUGAUAAGCUGAGGCGGUUUCUGGUUUGACUACACUUUAAGUUUCAAUCACACAUCUUGGAUUCCAUAAAGCAACGCCUCAUCCUUUAAAUAUUACAGGAAAAAUUAAUAUUUGUAAAAUUCGAACCAAUCAUGGCGUGUUUAAGGCCUACGUGAUGAUGUGAGUGAAAUUAGGUAGUAUGACACACUUCUAUUUGAGGCCUUAGAAAAUCAGAAAGGUUUAAGCAGAAAUACGAAAAGAAUUGUCAAUACACAUAAAGGAGCUAGGAAACAAGGUUUGAGAUAUGUAGAGAGGAGGAAGCAUAUCAGAGAAACGAGUGCACAGAGCUAGAAGACAUGGUGGACUUGGCAAUUCUCAACUAGGUGGCAUGUUUGGAGCAUUGCACUGAUUUACAGUUCACGGGAGAAAAACUAAACCUAACGAAAAACACUUUUAAAAAAAGACACAGAAAAGAAAGAGACCGUCAAUAGUAAAGAUUUGAGUGAGUCAUCAGAAGUUAUUGUAAAAUACAGAGCUAAGAAGACAACGUUGAAUUUCUUAUCAAAACACUAUCAUCAGACUUAUGUAACCAUAACACAGUCCUGGUUAACAUGGAAAACUUUGACUUGAUGGAAAGUACUGAAAAAACAAUUGACUCAGAUUAUGAUGUGGAAGUUUUUAGGGUGAAAAAACAACACUUUCAAGCAGCAAAGAAAUAUUUGGUUUGUUUAAAUUUGGCUAAAUAUUCAUUAGAAAAAGGAGAUGAAUUUGAAAUAACAUUGAAUAAAACAUCAGACCGUUCUAUAAUCUCUCAGAUAAAGGAAUUCACAGCCGUAGAAAUUCCAAUCAGCAAUUAUGAAUGGUCACUUUCAGCCAUGAACAUAGUGUCUGAAAAUUACCUAAAUGUUCAUUUUAUUAGUUCCCGUAGUACAUUAUUGCUAUAUGGUCUGAAGAGAGAAGUUUCCUCAGCGAAAAUAGAUUUGCUUGCCCAACUAGGGAUCCCGGAUGAAAUUGAUCAGGAGAUGACUGAUGGCACAGCAAAAAGUUUUGGUAGAAAAGCCCCAUGUGGUCAAAGUUCACAGGAGAGAGAUUCCAAUAUAACACAAACUAAAAGCUACACACUGAAUGACAAACGUAUUAAUAGUUACGAUGGAAACGUUAGCUCCCCCGUAGAAAGUAUCUCUGUGGACAGCAUCUCUGAAGAAAGCAUCUUUAUAGACAGCAUCUCUGUAGACAGCAUCCCUGUAGAAAGCAUCUUUAUAGACGGCAUCUCUGUAGACAGCACCCCUGUAGAAAGCAUCUUUAUAGACAGCAUCUCUGUAGACAGCUCCUCUGUAGAAAGUAACCCUGUAGAAAGCAGCACCCCUGUAGAAAGUCCCACUCCAAUAGAAAGCAGAGAGAAUGUAGAGAGAAUCUCUGUAAAGACCGCCCUCAGCCAUCGCAGAAAUAAAGAAACGUCUAACACAAGUGAACUGGAACUUUUACAUGUUUUAAAACAAACAAGAGCUCAGUUUUAUACAGGUUCUAAAACUAAUUUAAAAGUUUAUGCGAGAAAAGAAAACAUCACAAAACUUGAUACAGAUAUUAUUGUGAAUGGAACUAAUCGACAUCUGAAACAUGAUGAUGGCAUCGCAAAGGCAAUAGCUUCAGCUGCUGGUCGGUCAUUGGUAAAUGAAUGUAAUUCUCACAUUACUACAUAUGGACCUCUUGAUGUCACUGAUGUAUUUGUAUCCAAUGGUGGACUUUUAGGAGCCAAAUUUGUGAUGCAUGCUGUAGGACCAAAGUGGAAGGCUUAUGCAGAUAAACAUCAAUGUUUAACAGAUUUGCGUAGGACUGUUGUCAGAUGUCUGGUGGAAGCAUCAAGAAAACAGCAAGCAUCAAUAGCCUUGCCUUCCAUCAGUGCUGGUGAGCAUUUAUAUCUUGAUAAAAAAUAGAUAUUUUAAAAUUUAAAGUGCUUUUAAAAUAGAAAGGUCAUUGCGUAAAUUUAGAAAAAAGAAAUUGAAUAGAUAAUUCAAAAUGUUCUUGUGUCUUUGAAGGUAAUAAAAUGAAUUUAAUCAGAUCUAAUCAUUUAUUCUUUUGUAUAUUUCUGAAUCGUAGAAAACAUUCACAGUCAUAUUUAUUUCACUGAAUUACUUAUUUUUGUCUAAUAGCAACAAAAUGGGCUAAUGGCAUUCAAACUCUUAAAAGUUGAUCAAUACUACAUUUCCUAUAUUAUAAAUGAAGUUUCAAUUUUUAAAUAUUUUUUUUUUUAAAUUGAGAAAUUUCAGAAAUAAAAUUCCAGACUGUUUUCUUUUAGUUUCACUAUCUUGUUAUAUUCUUAACAGAUAUUUUUAAGUACCCAAAGAAUUAUGUGCUCAAUGCUACAUGGAGGCCGUCAAAAGUUUUGAUGCCUUUGCUGAUAAUUUGA